CCUCGUGGUCGGCCUACCUGACAGUGAGUUCCGGCGCCAGCUUUCACCGUACGCCCGACAUGUCGGCGCUGCCGCAGAAUCCGAGCAAGCCGCGAAUAGUUAACGCCACCAGUAACUCGGUCACCCUGACGUGGAGCCCGGGCCACGAGGGCCAGAGCAAGAUCGUCGGCUACAAUAUCGAGUACUAUAGCAGCAACCUGAACACCGGCUGGGUGGUGGCAGCCACGGGUGUCCUCGACGACAUCUAUACCGUGACAGAUUUAAGGCCGGAGACCAAUUACGUUUUCCUAGUACGGGCAGAAAAUAGCCACGGGCUCUCGCUGCCCGGACCAUUGUCAGAAUUUAAUAUUUUUAAUAUUUAA